CCCAAUGGUCCCGUCCGGCCCCUGAAGCCCCCCAGGACCCCAACGCCGCCGCCGCCGCCAUGUUGGAUCCGGGUCUGCUCCUCCUCGGGCUCCUCAUGGCGGGCAGCGCUGACUGCGGCUGCGUGGAGGUGCCGUCGGGCAGCGAGGCCGUCCUGGGGCUCCCGUUUCGCCUCCUCUGCAUUGCCUGUAAACGGAGAAGUGAAACCGCAGCCGAGGCCACAGCUGAGUGGUUCUUCCGGGGGGAGGGGGAGCCCGAGUUCCAUAAGAUCCUGGAGUACAGCCCCGAGGACCCCCCCUGGGUGGCCCCAGGCCCGUUCCUGGGGGUGCUGUCGUGGAACGGCUCCCGCGGCACGCGGGACCUGCAGGACCUGUCCGUGCGCCUGGCGGCCGUGGGGAGGCCCCAUGGAGGUCACUACGUUUGCCGCCUGCGCCGGAACUUGACCUUCGAUGGUUACGUCUAUAGCCUGGCCCGAAACCAGAGCCUGAGGCUGGACGUGGUGGACAAAGCUCGCCGUGACCUGGCCUCCAUCGUGUCCGAGGUGCUCAUGUAUGUGCUCAUUGUGCUGCUCACUCUCUGGCUGGCAGCUGAGAUGCUCUAUUGCUACCGCAAGGUGGCGGCCGCGGCCCCGCCCCCCGACUGCGCGUCUGAGUACUUGGCCAUCACCUCGGAGAGCAAAGAGAACUGCGCGGGGGUGCAGGUGGCUGAGUAGCACCCAUGGGUGCUGCCC